UAUGCAAUAAAAGUGCAAGUAGCUUGUGAUUUUCGUCAUCGAAUAGUUACAUGUUUCUGAAUGUUACCAUGGAAGUAUACAUGAUAUUACAGUUCUUCGGGAAUCAGGGCUGUUAGAACAUGUUGAAGAAUCCGUAUAAAUUAUUGGUGACAAGGCGUAUAUUGGUGACGAAUAUGUAGUCACUCCAAGAAAGAAACUUCGUGGACGUGAAUUAACACAAGAAGAUAAAGAUUUCAAUCGUGAUAUUAAUAGUGCGAGAGCAGCGAUUGAAAAUAUUAAUCAACGUCUCAAAGCUUAUGCUAUUCUUGGUGGUGUUUACAGAGGACGUGUCGAUGAUUUUCAUAAAAUAACUAAAAUCAUACAAGUAGUUGCUGCUUUAUGCAAUUUGAACUUAAAUAAACAUCCUAUUCGUAGAUAA